AUGCCCGAGGGUGGUGGCGUUGGAACAGGGGGGUCCGGCAGAUUGGUCGAAGCUUGCUGUGCUCAAAGCCUCGGACAAAUGACGAUGAAUUCCGUGGCCAGUGGAAAAAAUAAUCCGGCGUUCCACGUUCGCAGUGGUCGAGGGGCAAUGGGUGCUGUGGCCAGUUACGACAAAGAGCUGGUGUUCCACGGUCGCAUUGGUCGGAUGGCGGAGGAUUGA